GGCAGCAAUGACGUCAAGCGUGAGGUGGCUGGAGUGGUGUAUCACGAGAUGACGCACGUGUGGCGGUGGUUGGGUGGUGGACAAGGAGACAUUGCCCCGGGUGGAUUGAUUGAAGGGAUUGCGGAUUUCGUUAGAUUGAGAGCCGGUUUGGCCCCGCCGCCGGGUCGUUGGGUCAAACCGGGGGAGGGCGAUAAGUGGGACCAAGGCUACGACGUUACGGCUAUGUUUUUGGAUUAUUGCGACGGAUUGAAGAAGGACGGGUUCGUGGCGGAGCUUAAUAAGAAGAUGAGAGAUGGUUAUAACGUGACGUUUUUCAAGGAGUUGCUUGGGAAGAGCGUGGAUGAGCUUUGGAAGGACUACAAGGCUAAGUACGGAAAGUGAAGAAAACAAGUCGUUAUUAAUAAGGGGGCGAGGGAAUGGGUUGGAGUCUAGAUGAUGGGCUUUCAGUCUGUGUGUUCAUACAAGAACUAGACUAAUGAUUGGUCCAGGUUAUCAAUUGUGAUCAAUAUUAUAAGUUGGGAAAUGAUAUGGGACAACAAAAUCCUAUACUACGAAUCUCAUAUCUAUUCUUUUAUUUUAACCAUAUCUAACGACCCAAAAUUCAUUAAAAAACAAGGAGGAGAGAACUUGUAAUUCCGCACCUUUCUAUUUUUUACUUCGACACAAAAUUCUAAAGAAAGAGGAAAUUUUUCA